CAGUAACUAUUCAGUAUGCAGUUUAUAUCAUUGUCAGUGGUGUUUUGUAUUUGUCUGGCAACAUCGACGUUAUAUGAAGUCAACGGCAAGGAUGUGGUAAUUUUCCGAGGAGAACGCGACAGAUUCACGAAUGUAUUUCAUUGUAACGUGUCAAAUGCUGUUUGUUCCGAUGAAAGCUGUGUUGACUGUCAGUGUAUGGUGAAUCAGACAUUUAUACAAACAAGAGGGCAAUAUGGGAAGUGUGUUUCAAACGAGCUGAUGGUCUACGCAAUAUGUAAGUUGCUGCAUAAAGUGUAUAACGACAAAGUCCUUCAUUUAAUUCUCCAGAAUCUAGGGGCGCUUUCCAUUAACACGGCCAGACCUGUCGGAUCGGUCAAAUUGUUGAAUGGAAUAUAAAACGUUUGGGCUUAGAACCUAUGUGACCAGAAAAUUUUGAUAACAUUAGAAUGAGAUCCAUUUUCGCUAGAUAUUUGAGAAACAUAGACCAGACCUCUCCAUUGAUACAGAGAAAAAUUUGGGUCUGACCAGUCGGGCCAUUAAGCGCCCUAUAGGUUAAAGACUCAUGGUCGAUGAAGGUUAUCGUAUAUAUCCGAUUGCGUCUCUGAUCGUUUGUCUCAUAUUUUCCUGAAGACUUAUAAUCAGCUGGCUUAAUUAACUGAUAUAGAUAUUGUUUACAAAACUUAUUUUAAAUAAUGCAAGCCUUUAUCUGAUAUUAUAAAACAACGGUAACUCCGAAAACAAACAUGUUUAAUAAUUUAAUAUUCUAGCUUUCGACUAAGAUUCAUGAGUCAUCAUCAGUAAGAUCAUCAGUAAGAUCAUCAGUAAGAUCAUCAGUAAGAUUCAGUAAUCAUUUCGACUAAGAUUCAGUCAUCAUGACUGCAGCAUCUUAGUCGAAAGCUAGAAUAUUAAAAUGUUUAUUUUCAGAGUUAGGCAUAUAUACCGUUGUUUUAUAUCUGAUAUUCUAGACAGCUAUUCAACCUGAACAAAUGGAUAGACCUUUAACUUUUUCAACCGAAGCUUUCUAUUCAACGGAUACUCUUACCAUGAAUAAACCACAGAAUUCAACAUGUAUAAGCGGUAUAUAGAUUCUCGCAAUAUCAUCAAGUUUUGCACACGAAAUAUUUCUCUUUAAUCUUGAUCUCUAUCGCAACCUAAUUCAAUAGCUAAUAUUACCUAAAUUCCCACAACGACACAAGGCUACAGGUAUUAUACAUACAGUAGUUGGAUGAUUUGGGGAGCCUUGUUAUAGAAAUUCUGGCUAUAGAAUGUACAAUAAAUCAAUGCUGGUUUAUAUCGGAAAUAGAGUUUGAUUUGAGUGCCCAUAUAUAGUGCAUAAAUCAAUUCUUCAAAAUAUUUUGAUAAAAACACACUUCAAAAUAUUUUGAUAAAAACACAAUUUUACCCAAAAUGUCUCGUCGUUAUAUAGUUAAUUAAUUAUCAACAGCUUAGCGUGUCUACAAUUUACAAAAGUAAGGCCAAGUAAAAAAACCCCUUAUAUUUCUCGGCCGGAUUUCUGCCAAAAAGCAGGGAAGCGGGGCAUUUUUUUUUCUUAGCCAAAGUAAUAAGCUUUCAUACAGUUUAGUAAGAAAAAUACACGCAAUAUUAAAAACGUGAAUUAUAAAAGGCUUUUAAAGUAACUUUUUUAAUGUCUCGUAACGUAUUAAAUUUGAACAGCGUUGAAUUUGGUCAGCGGAUAGGAUUUUGAAUGGGCCCGCAGAACAGGGUGGACUUUCGUCGACGCUGCAUGAAAAUAGUGCGGGCUCGUGAGCUUUUUCCCGCAAAUUUUGCUUUUCGAUGUUUUGCUUACAAUUUCUAAGGAUGUUGAAGUUUACAGCUUUGUGAUUCACUGGUUUUUGAAAGCAUCGGGGGUUUUUUCGUUGGAACUUGCAGGCUAACUCUUCAACAACCUAAUGACUGUUUUUAAAGCAAAGCAAUUGAAAGGAAAACUUAUAUUUUCAUACGAAGAAGAUGAGUGGCGACAUUUAUGUUGGACUGUUUUGAGCAGAUGCUUCGAAGAACAUGAUAUAAUCGGACCUUGUAUCUUAAAAGUGUACUUGGAACAGCCGAACAAAGUGGUAAAUUUUGUUACCCGGUGUGUUGGGCAUCAUAAUUCAUAGGAAUAGUGCACAGCAGGGUUUAAACUGGCUAUGAAAUAUCGUGAAUACUUCGUCGAGUUCUCUACCGCCAUGUGACCUGUAGUUUAAUGUGACACGCGUCUUUGAAAGGGCUUUACUUGACUUUAAUCGACGUGUAAGGUAUAACUUAGGUAAGCCAACAUUUCUUUGUAAUGCAAGCUACAUUUUAAUAUCUUUAAUGUGUGAAUAUUUUUAAUUUUGUAAAAAAUUAAUCGCAAUAUGUUGUUGGAAAAAGUAUCGAGUGCUUCAUAAUAACGCUCAGGUCUUGUAUACAGAUAUUCGUAUUUUAUUCAAAAUCUACCCUUUAUCACCACUUUUUUUAUUCUUUUAUGUUAAAGUAUACAUAAUCCUUUACUUAAAAACACGAUGAUCUACUCGAGGAAAAUUGGGCAAAGGGGCAAUCUUUGCAGAGAAACUUGACCGUUUGGUGAAAUUGGUAGUUCAGAGACCCUAUUUUCAUUAUAGUAUUUCGCGGCAAUUUGUUGGCCGAUUUCUAGUUUAUAUUGUAGAACGGGUUCUUAGUGAGUUAAAUUAAUUGUCUAUCCUCUACAGAGUAGUAAUAAGCGCGACUCCUUUUUGUUGACGGAUGUUGAAUUCAUUUUAGACUUUUGUUCAUAAACAACAACUACACUACCGAGUACUAAAUCACUGUUUGCAAAGAAAUGAGCCUAUAUCACCACAAAAAUUCAAGCUUAUUUUUAGAGUCAAAUAGUUUCUCCAUCGAUAAAAGUAGUUUUUACGGAGUGAAAAAUAGGGCAAGUACGAAUUUAAAGAAGGUCAAUUUGCACUUGUAUAUCUCACUUCGAAAAGGAUAUAGAUAUUAAAAACAGGUAUAUUUGCACUGCGAAAUUAAACUGCUGUAACAAAGUUUUUAUUUCCACUUUCACGUUCUUAUUCCAAAGCAAACACUUCUAAGUUGUAAAUGCCUAAAUUUGUGAACGUAGAAACACUAAAGAAACAAGAAAACGACUUCAUAACACGAGUAGUUUUUGCAAAUUUGAUGUUUGUUUUUAUAAUCCAGUCACGCGAUUAACCCGCGCUCACGUGUACUCCACGCUUACGUUUCUCGCGCAUGCGUAGACGGAAGUCCACCCUGUUGGCCCGCAGUAGUUCCAGAUUAAUACUCCAAGUUAGCUUCAAGUUAUCAAAAAGAAAGUUCAAAAACAUGAAGCGAAAUUUGUAGAGGAAAACCAGCAAAAAAAAGAAAAAAGGAAGCGGCCAAGAAAAAGGAAGCGGGCGGGGACGAGAAACAUAUAUAUUUUUUUACUUGGCCUAAGAUUUUUAUUUUAAAUUUCGAGACAAGACUGACGAUGCAAAACGCUUCCCUUUUUCCUCAAUGAUAAAGCAUUAAUGGACCAUUCCCCAAUUAACCAAAAUUUUGAUCUCAACAAGUCUAGACAAAAUUCCAUCAUAGCAUGAAAGAGCAUCACAAAAUUAGUAAUAUUCCAAAGUUUCGUUGCGAAAUGUUGUAAAAUGCGGAUAAUAUAGCCUUGCGAAAUUUGCAAUUUUCAGUCAUUUUAGAUAACAAACGGGAAAAAUUUUGAUCUUAACUAGCCUAAACAAAAAUUUCAUCACAGCUUGAAACAGCCUCACAAAAUUAGUAAUAUUCAAAAGUUUCGUUGCAAAAUGUUGUAAAAUGCGGAUAGCCUAAUAUAGCCCUUGCGAAGUUUGCAAUUUUCAGUCAUUUUGUAUUACGCACAGGAGUGGUAACCAUUUCCCGUUUGUAAUCUAAAAUGACCGAAAAUUGCAAAUUUUGCAAGGCUAUAUUAUCCUCAUUUUACAACAUUUCGCAACGAAACUUUGGAAUAUUACUAAUUUUGUGAUGCUCUUUCAAGCUGUGAUAAAAUUAAAGUUUUGUCUAGACUUGUUGAGUUCAAGAUUUUGGUUAAUUGGGGAAUGGUCCAUUUAAACAUCUUUUCAGUUUCCUGUCAUUCCUGUAUGAAUAUUGGCAGAAAUAUGCUCUUGUGAUCUCAAUAGCUAAAAAUUGAUUUUCUUGGAAAAAGUGAAAAUGUUCAUAAGUUAUUAUGAUUAUUAUUAUGAUGAUUUGCAAGUUCUAUAUUUUAAUUUUUCAAUUGAUUAUUUCGAAUUAGUCAAGUAAUGCACAUUUGACAGCUAUAAUUUAGCCCUAGUCCUAGGCCUUCCAGCGUGGCUGGUUCGGUUUCGAGCAUAGAAAUAAUAGAUAUUAUUAUUUCUAUGGUUUCGAGCAAGCGCACGUAGCGGAAGCGAAAGGCAGGAACCAGGCUAGUAGGCUACGACAUACAGAUUCUCAUCCCAAUUCGGCAAAUAGGUGGGGAUCGCAACGGAUUUGACCUUGGGCUCUUUUUCCGUUCGUAUUUCUUCUACCUGCCUAUCGUUCUUUAAAGUAUUGCUUGCAUGCAGCGAUUAGGUACAUCCUGAGACGAAAUGCAAUAUAUUUUCUUAGAUAUAUAUUUGAUAAGAUAUAUAUAUAUGUCAUUUUCAUGUGGUUUUUUUAUCUUAAAGCAAGCGGAAGAGACGUUAAAUAAAGACAAUGCAAAUCAGUUUUCGUUUGCUUCUUCUCAAAAAAAUGCCUCUUCGUCACUCCCGGUAGCUUUAAAAGCCAUAAAGACAAUGAAGAUUAAGAUUUUGUCGAAGAAAUAUAUUGCAUUUUGUCUUAGAAUGUACUAAAUAUCACAAAUAAAAUUCCUGAUCGAUGUAUGUUUGGGCCUCGGAGACCAGAACAUGAACCCAGAUUAGGAAUAAUAAUGUUAGUCUUUUAAAGUAUUAAAAGUAUCAAAAGUAUUAAAAUUAGAAAGUCAAAAAUCUCGAUAAAUACAAAAUGUUGAUUGUUUCGUUUCUGUUAAAAACAACAUGUUUAUUCAUUUCAUUAAACUUUUUAUCGCUACGCCCGGUACAAGGGCAUAACCUUGGAUGUAAACGUUGAGGGGGAGGGAGGAGUUGUAUGAUCAAUCGGACGUGGACAGAAAAUAAGGUUAAGGGGCCGGCCAAAACAGAAAACUCACGAUAGCCCCCACGGCCAACGUCGAAUAUACCAGUAUUGAGUUCUAAAGGCGGAUCCCCACUAGAUGAUUUUUGAGACGAUCGUCAAAACAGUUCGCAACGACACAUGCGGAAUUGAAAAAAAUGUUCAAAGAGCGAUCCUCUAUAGUGCUCGACCAAAAGUAGAAUUGACUUCUAUCGUCGCGAAUUUUUAUGACGAUCGUCAUAACAGAAUUUUUAUGACGAUCGUCAUAAAAAUCGGCGUCUCAAAAAUUGUGGAGAUCCGCCUUAAAGGUGCCAUAACCAACUGUAUAUGUUGGGGGCGGUAUGCCUCCCCCUCCGUAAAAUGUUUAAAACCUAGAGUCUUUAAAAUGUCAUUUCGUGCACUCUGAAGGAAUAUAUAUUUUACAGAAUUCUGAUGGUCAGAAAACGACGUGUCGUAAAUCGUUCGAAUUGCCCAAUAUAAAAAUAGUCUUCACUUGGAGGUUUUUUAAUCUAAGUAAAAUGUGUAUAUGAAACAAUGCUGAAACUAAGAAACAAAGGACUGCUGACAAAACGAAUUUUUUUUCUGGAUCUGAUCAACUAAUUGAAAGAGGACAAAAUUAUUCGGUACAUAAAUAUCUGUGGAUCUUUUUGUCCGAUGAAAUGGACGACUUAUUCUGACCAGUAUUACAACAACUGUCUCUUCAUGCAUGUAUUCAUGAUUUCAGAUUAAUCGCGGGAAACAUCUUUUGGAUCGCAAAACACUUUUACUUGUCAUACAUUCUCUAGUGUUUAGCAGAUUAUAUUACUGCUCUUCUGUAUGGAGCAACACGUCGCGGAAAGAGAAUGUAAAAAAACUGCAGCGUGUACAAAACUUUGCUGCCCGUAUAUUAGUUGGCUUACGAAAGUACGAUCAUGUAUCUCCUGCUUUCAAAGAACUUAAAUGGUUGAACGUUAAAGACCAGUUAUACCUUAGAGAUGCUAUACUCGUCUUUAAAUCUUUACAUAAUCUAACACCUCCUUCGCUCACUGACAAUUUUAAAAAAAAUUCUGAAGUAUAUUCCAGAGUUACAAGAAACACUAGUGAUUUACAUUUGCCUCUUUGUCGCCAUGUCACAGGACAGCGAACUUUUAGUUUUAGAGGAGCCAAAUUAUGGAACUCGUUGUUACCAGAGUUCAAAUCAGAGAAAUCACUUCAAUCUUUUAAACAUAAACUGUAUAAACAAUUACUCUAAGUAGAGUAAUUCUAAAUGAGUAUAUAACUUUCUUAUAAAUCAUAUUGUAAUAUAUUUUCUAAAUUAUAUCACUGAAAAGCCCUUUUUAGGGAGUAGUACUUGCUAAAGUUUAUGAAGUUUAUAAAGGGCCGGCCAAAACAGAAAACCACGAUAGUCCCCAAGGUCAGCGUCUUAUACACCAGGGGCCGGUUGUAUGAAGGCCGGAUAGCGCUAUCCACAGGAUAGUGAUUUUUCAAGCUUUGGGGGUGGUAUGCCCCCCCCCCCCCGUAAAAUGUUUAAGCCUAGAGUCUUUAAAACAGAUGUCAUUUCAUGCCCUCUGAAGGAAUAUAUAUUUUACAGAAUUCUGAUGGUCAGAAAACGACGUAUAAGAUAUAAAUAAACCGUUCAAAUUGCCCAAUGCAAAAAUUGUCUUCACUUCAAAAACUGUCUUCAAGUAAAAUGUGUAUAUGAAACAAUGCUGAGGACAAAAUUAUUCGGUACAUAAAUAUCAGUUGAUCAAUGAUUUUGAACACAGUGCAUUGGUUAUACAUUUUUUCAUUGUUUUACAGCUUACGGAGACUCGUUCCUCCUGCAGCUCGACCAAAUGUGUCUUUACCACAAAUUCUACACCGGGGGGCACGUUUGUCCUGGCAGGCACAUGUAGGUACGAUAACUGGGAUUACCGUUGGAUCUGGACCAACUUUGGACAACUCUUUAACUGGCAGACAUUGAAAUGUAUGGCAGUCGAUCUCCAUGCACGCACUAAUUACAAAUAUUAUGUGACGAUGAAUAAAUGUGACAGAAAUAAUCAGAGACAAAAAUGGGAAUGUGUGGGUGAGAGGAUCAAGCAGACACAGUCAGGCAGAUACAUGUGCCACGGAGAACAUUACGGAUAUGUGACAACAAAAAAAAAUUAUUGGGGUUAUCGAUCAAAAUGGACGCGCUUUGGUUCCAAAAAAAAUGUCUGUUCACAAGGUAGUCAGGUUCUGAAACUUUUCAUCAAACAAUGAAUUAAUAAAAUACCUCUUCAGGCGUCUGGAUGUUUAGACACACUAGCGCCAAUUAAGCUAACAACAGUUGUUCUAAUGCGACGUCUAGCCCAAUAGUCUCAACGUUAAGAGAUUAGCAGAACUAUAACUUCCAAACAAAGGCCCUUCGCUCGAAACGUCGAAGUUUUACUUGUAUUUUUCAGAAAGUUGAAUCCCUAGAUAUUCAUCUCAAAUAACAUAAUUGUAACCUUUGUUCCAUUUACUGGAGGCUUUAGCAAUAAAAGGAGGCUUUAUUAAAUAGCUAUUAUUAUAUGAUUUUAAUAUAUAGCCUAUAUUUUAAGUAUUAUUAUUAUUUUCUGCCGAAAAUAUACGUCCAUCAAAUUCCAUAGAACCCUUGCCUUAGUUUAUAUAUGUACCACAAGAGUUAAGGUAAUUCAUAUAUGCAACACUUUAAUUUCCUCGCAAACUUUCACCGACUAUCGAGUUUUAUAAAAACAGCUUGACAAAAAAAUUUCACGUACCUUGAUUCCCUAUAUUUUCUUCUUAGCUGUAGGAUGUGAGACAUUCGCAGAUGGUUCACCGCUCCUCAUCCUUGAUAAAACAAAAUGUGAAGAACAGUCAGAAUGUUUGGGAGUUAAGGAAAUCCGCUUGAGCAAAACGAAAUGUUUCCUCUUGCCAAAUAAAACUCAAUAUAUACACAAUGAUACAUGGGAAGCAUUGGAAAUAAAGAACGGCAGUUUCGCAAUUACAGUGGACGAAGAAUCCCUCCCAAAUGCAGUUUUUUAUUUACAGUGGGAUUUGAGUAAAACUCCAAAAAGUUGGGGAGGAUUUAUGGUUAAGGUACAAUUCGAAUGUGAACAUUCAAGUGCUUCAACAAUUCGUAAAACUGAACACUGCGUCGUAAUUAAAUACACCGGAACUUUUAAAGGUAAGCAUCAAUCAAGAUACAGUUUAUGUGUGAGAAUAUUGCUGCAACAAAAACUGAACACUGCGUCAUUAUAAAAUAAACAGGAACCUUUACAGGUAAAGGUCGAAAUUUUAAAAAUAAUUUUAGGAUAUAUAUCCACUAUAGUGCUUUCAUGAUUCAAAUAAUUAACGAACUGAUCUAUAGCUACACUUCUGAUUAUAUGAAAAACUCUUUAUUCCAGUCUAAAUUGUUCUUCCUUGAGGUUCAGUAUGGGUAAGGGCGACUAAUUAUUCAUCUGCACACUUCAGGAAUCAAACCCGGUGAAAGGCAUGUAUACUAACACUGUGCCAACAGCAACCCAUCAUUUCUACCAACAAAGAAAGGUAGAAAUAUCCCAGUAGAAAUAUUUAAAACGAAAGAGAGAAGAAAGGUUUAAAACUACGAAAGAAAGGUUUAAAACUACGAAUAUGGAUCCUACAAUUUAUAAAAAGGAAGCUUUUAUGUUUAUAUACUAAAACUGUGAUAAAAUGGACACCUCCCUAUAUGGACACCUCCCGCGUUAGAGAAGCUAGCCUAUACCAUUUUUAAUGCCAUUAUAGGCUUGGUUUUUGAUAAUUAAAGUACAAUUAUUUUUCUUGUAUAUAGGCUUCAAUUACAAUGAAGAUAGAACAGUGACGAACAUUACACCGACUCCUGAUGGAGAUGGUGAAAAUGGAAACGAUGAUGGGAAUGAUUUAAACAACGACCACGAGAGCAAUAGUGCUACAGGGCCUGCUGGCAAAGAUAAUACCAAAAUUAUAAUUAUUAACAUCUGCGCCUUCGUUCUCCUUUGUAUUGCUGGGGUGAUUGCUAUCAUCGUCUAUAAACGUCGAAACAGGUAACAAUAUAGCAUGCGAUGCAGAAGUAACCGAUAUAUAUCUUAAUGAAUGACUUUGUUUAGUCAAAUAGAAAAAAAACAUGCUGUACCAUCUAUACCGCACCUGGCAAGUGACCGUGAGAAAUAAUAUGUGGGUCAGCCAAACAUCAACUUGGUACGCAAUUCAGGACACACAGGAAAAAGCAGUUUCAACUUUUAAACAAGCCAAAAUUGAAUUUAGCAAACUACUAGUGUGCCAAUUGAAUUACGAAGCAUGUGAUUGCAUGUUUAGGAUGACACCGAGGCUAUUUCCACCUAGUUGGGUGGUGACAUUACCUCUCCAGUAUAUCGGACUUUAAAUCACUCGUGAUGAAAACAAUCGAAACAUCGGUUGAAAACAAUCGAAACAUCCUUUCGAUGAUUGCACAUAUUCACUUAAACCAGAGUCGCGAGCAAUUUCAACGAGAACUCAUAAACUUAAAACAAUCACUUUGUUAAUUCACUUCAAAAACUCAUUAAUAAUUCAUGAAGCAAUUGUCCAAUCUUGAGUAAGAAAUUAGUCACGUGCAUACAUCUUUAUACCAGCUAAAGAACACUUUAACAAAAGACCAUUGUUGUGCAAACUAUAUAAAGAUUUUUAUAUAAAGAGUUUUAUAUAAAGAUUUUUAUAUAAAGGUUUUUAUAUAAAGAUUUGACUUAUUAUGCAUACGUUUUUGAAGCCAUUUAAAAAACUCGCAGGUCGUGUUUCGUUAGGUCUAAAGCCACUCGCGCUGCGCGCUCGUGGCUUUAAACCUAAUAAAACACUCCUGCUCGUUUUUUAAAUAGUACCUAUAAAUCUUUAAAUAUACUUGUUUUCUUUCCAUAGAUCUGUACGUUUAAAAAACACAGAAAAUCCAGGUAAUCAAAUAUGAUGUUAAAAGGUUAUUGCAAUAAAUGAAAUUUUUGUCAAUACUGAAUCACCUCACAGUGCAUCUGAUGAUAUUGGCGACAAUUUUUAACACCACUACAAUUGCAAACACUCAUUAAUAAUUCAUAUGAUUAUUGGCAAAUCAUGUCAAUCAAAGUAUGUCACGUGCAGUGGCUUUAAACUUGAUAAAACACUUCUAAUUAGUAUUCUUUAUAUAAAGAAUACUAAUAAUUGGCAGUAUCUAUUGUAGUCGUGUCCUCGUUAGUAUUCUUUAUAUAAAUAUAGUAUUCUUUAUAUAAAGAAUACUAAUAAGGCAGUACAGUAUAUCUAUUGAAUUUGUAGUCGUGUUUGAAGCCGUUUAAUAAACUCGCAGGUCGUGUUUUAUUAGGUCUAAAGCCACUCGCGCGUGAACCUAAUAAAACUCUCCUGCUCGUUUAUUAAACAGUACUUUAUAUUUAUAUUUAUAUUUAUAAUUAUUAUAUGAAACAAACUUAAGAUUGGUCGUAGAAAUAUUACAGAUCUGUUAUCCACAAAAGUACAGGUUUACAAGAGCAUUUAAAUAGCUUUCCUGCUUCUUUUCCUUACUCGCCAACCUCAAAAUGUUAAGUGUGAUUUUGUUGCGCCUAUUAAUGACAUUUGCUAAAGAAAAAUCUCUAUAGGAAAAAAUGACAACACACUUUCCUACAUUUCCUUUUCUUUAUCAAGUAACAGAUGAAAAUUCUUCACCCGUGGUUGAAGAGUUGGCAGAAUCUGCAAAUCUCCCAAACAACAAUUCCCAACCAACGCCGAAUCAAUCACAACUUUACGCAAUACCAAAACCACGGCACGAAUACGAGUAUGUCUACGCUAACGAUCGCACGUUUGCCUUACAACCUCAGAGUCCUAAGUACGAAAUACCACAGAGCCCCACAUACGAAUAUCCCGAGAGACCCCAAAGCCAUCAAUACGAGUAUCCUUCACUUGGUAAGCCGAUAUUAAAGAAGGCGAUACAACGGGAAGUCGAUACAACGGGAAUAUAUACAGAUACUGGUGUAAUGGACAGCGGCUAUUCUCCGCUAGUAAGGCCACCAGUAAACAACAAUGAAAGUGACGAUAGCGGUUACACACAUCUGAAGAAUGUCCAAAGAAGAAAAGAAAAAGCAGGUGCAACUAAGAGGACGGAUAAACCAGAUGGAUUGCUUAAUGCAAUGGACGGCGAGUACACUCCACUAGUAAGGCCGUCAUUAAAAAAUGAAUCUGAAGAUAGCAGUCAUCUGAUCAAUGGUCAAAAAACAAGUGAUGAAGGAGGCGCAAGAGGGGGAAAGGAUGAAGCAGACGAAUUGCUGUAUGUUGCUGCGAUGGACAGUCAGUAUACUGCACUUGCAAGGCCACCAUUAAAAAAAUAGUAAAAGUGAAGCUCUAGGUUACGCACCUAUGAUCACAAAAUGAAGUAGCUAUAUAUAAUCUAACGAGAAACACAGAUGUUUUUUAACUAAUAUAAUCUUAAAGACUGCACCAUGAAUGUCACUGAUUUGGUGAGGAAAAUGAGUUUCUUUGCAAUCCGGGUUUGUUUGUGUUUUUCUCGUGAAUUUGUAAUUAUGAUUACAACGAACGCUUAUAAAACAACCUAAAAUUGUCUUCUUUAUGCGAUAUACUGUACAAUGAAAAAGUAGCAGGGUGGGGGUAAUUCGCGUAUUUACGUACAAGAGGUACUAGGCUUCUUUGCUUUCAACCAAGUACCGUGUAAGUAUACGCGGAACUCUCACUAUAUUUGCGUAUUUACAUUUUGCUGGUAUCGAAAUUAUGACCUUACCAGAAGCCCAAGAUAUUCAAAACCGUAAUUGUAAUUAAAAGUCAAAAGGUUCAAAAAUUUUAGUUUAGAAGUCAUACUUAAAAGUCAAAAUAUGUGCACGUUUGACAUCAUGUCUUGACGUGAAGAAUUAUCAGGCUGGUAGGACGAAAGAAUGUUGGAGUUGAUUCUUGUGUUUGUGUAUGCCAUGGUCGUCCUUCCCAUUCUAACUCGUAGUUUCAGGUUACUGAAUGAAUACCUUUCAGAAACAUGCAGUUUAUGUACUUCAUUUUAAAAACCAAGUACACCUUCAUUCUUAAAUUUGUACCAGCCCAUGUACGAGGCAAUAAUCAUUGGAGUAUACCAGUGAGGUACGACUAAAAAUCAUGAAUUAUCGCACCCUGAAGUAGCUAUGCAGGUUGUUAGUAAACCUAAAGAAAGUAAUUUUUGGAGACAAGCCAAAAACAUUUUGGAUUUUGAACCAAAUCAAAAAUUGCACAAAAAGCUAGCUAGCACUAUCCACGAUUCACCUCGCGAGUAUAUGCAUGCUAAAUAUGAAUAUCCUAGGCGAAGCUUUCGAAAAUGAACACGCUUUUUUUGUUGUUGCCCAUAAACAGUACUUGUCUAGUCACCCAUACCGCAAAAGGCUUUAGAAAGUAGUUUCCGUUUCGACUAGAGUGAAGAGUCCAUCUUAUGCAGUACUUGUCUGGUCACUCUUACCGUAAAAGGCUUUUGAAAGUUGUUCCGUUUCGACUAGAGUGUAGAGUCCAUCUUAUCAUUUAGGAACACUUAAAUUGAAAAUUUUUGAAAGUGAGAAUGUUUAUGAAUUAUGGAAAACUACACAGAGAACGGCAACUCCAAAAAAGAGAGUAUCGUUUAUUUCUUGACGUUUUGACACAGUCAUCUUUAAAUCAUUUGACUAAAUUAUUCCGGAAGUUAGAUGACUUAUGAUAAAAUAAAGUCAAAACGUAGAAAAAUUAAAAUGCUUUCUUUAUUCGUAUAUAUUGAUCGUUGUUGUGUAUCUUAUGAAAAAUACUCAGUGGUUCCAGUAUUUAUAAUAAUCACUGCUUUCGGAGUUGUAUUCUGUAUAGCAUGGUAUCAAAAUUCCAUACUUUUCCUGAACGUGACUAGAAUGGUGUAAUGAGGCAUGAGAUCGAUCAAGUCAAGCACUUGGCUAUUGUUUAGGAUUCAUGUCUGCGUAUAAUAUAGUUUCGGCAUCAAAAACCACAGGAUGUGAAUGUAGACAAGUAUAUAUUUAUAACGUGGAUGAUUAAUGUUUUAAUAUACUACAGUUUAUAUGACCGUGUUGAAGAUUGCACGAUUUCUUUGAAGGUUUUAAAGUCUACCAUGCCAGUAUAGUAAGUUUACCAUACACAAAGAUUUGAAGAUUUCAUGAUGCAGCAACCAAUCUUCAAAAUAGCAAUAUGCUUGUUUCUAAAUUUAACAUCAUGUCAUGGCGACAACAGCAUGAAGAAUAUCGAUAUUUUUCGAGGUACACGCGAUCGAUUUACAAAACUAGUUGGUUGUAACGAGACAAAUGCAGUUUGUUUUGAUAAAAACUGUACUUACUGUCAAUGUAUGGUGGAUCACACAUACGUCUAUAUGAGAGGUCGAUAUGGAAGGUGUAUUGUGAACGAACUGAUGGUCUAUGCCACGUGUAUGUUCGUGAGUUUAUUGUAGUUUUAAAAAUAACAUUCCAUGAUUACUGUUUACUAACGUUAUUAAACAAGGAUCAAACCAGUUUGUUAGAUAUGCUUAUUUAUUUAGUUUCGCGACAAAGAUUGUUGCCAAAUUGGUUAAUAGCCUACAUAAGUCGUUAGCAAUUUACAUACAUACAAGUGAUAUGAAAUAACAUGUCUAGUCACAUCGAGAUUUUCUACAAUAGCAAAUCCGAAAAAAAAGUACAUAUAGUAUAUUAAUUCAUACGAUAACAAAUUUUGGUGUAGGUUACAAUGUGAAAGUAUAUGUGAACUAAAAUCGUUAAUAGAAAGGUUAAGAUACCCCGCUUCCGGUUUACGGGUUCGAGUAUCGCCAUUUUGUUUACCAAUUUUGCUGAUGUCAGCAUUUUUUCCCGUAAUUUCUACCUGUUUCCCCCGGUAAACCAUGGUCUACACGUAAAAGACAAACGGGUACGGGUGUUUUCUCUUUACUAUUUGUGGGCCGUUUAGAUAAUAAAAAUUUUCAACAUCUUACCCAAAUAAAUAGUGCACAGUAUGCUGGUCAAAGUUUUCAACAAUUUAUGGCGAACCUCAACAGCGGAAGUUACCAUUCUCUGAUCGGUUUUCUCACGCCGGAGUAUGUUGGAUUUCUUAAGUUACAAGUUAUUCCUCGAUUUACGCGUACGGGCAUGUGUAUAUCACCCGUACACCGGGGUAUCUUAAUCUCUCUAUUAUUUUAAUUAAGUUAUAGGUCUUAAGAACAGCACAGGUGAUUGCGUAUACUUACGUAAUCGUCAGAGCAAGCGUAGUCUAUGAACACAUGCAUGUCAAAAGAGUCACUCGACGCUCUACAGAAAGUCGUGGGUUUCCUCCGGUUUCCUCCCACCGGGAAUGUUACGUUCACAGAGUGGGUAGGGAUUGGCCCUAGCCUGCUCGCAGGCCGUUGUCAGGCAGAGGCUGCAUGGGAGGUACGGCCUGCGACCUUUAUUAGUAAAAAGUCGAUUUAUGCGUACGGAGGGUACGCAAAAUUCCCAUUGGUCAGAAGUGCCCCAUGAGUUAAUAUCGUGCAAAUAUUUAACUCGUACGACAUUUCGCAAUGUAAUUUUAAAGCUGGCAUUCAAUCAGUGGCGUAUAAAACCAUGACUACUAAGAAGUAACUGAAUGUAUUUAAGAAACCUUUCAAUUUAAAUUAACGUUGAAGGAUGAGCGAAGGUUAGCAAUAUUAAUUGUACUUCCAACGGGAUUUGAUAAAAGUUUACAUGUGAUAUACCGAUACUUUGUCUUCGUCAGCUAUAAUAAUAAACCUUUUCCAAAGAAGUACAAGGGAAAACUUCGACGUAUGCGACGUAUGCCUUGCUGAUCUUUGCAGAGAGAGAGUAAAAUAAGUCUAGUUCAGGCUGACAAUUUAUCUAACCGCGUUUGCAUCACUUGCGGUUUCAAACGUUGAACAACUUAAUUAUUAAGGUUAGCCCAGCGACUCCAGCGAGACGUUCGUUGAGACACAGGCAGUGAAUCAGCUAGUAUAAAGCAGUUGAUUGUCAAAUGAACAUUUCUCCCGAAUAGGCCUACUUCCCUGUCAACCCAAGGCUUUCUGCCUAAACAAUCUGGUCUUGAAUAAGUCAAGACAAUGGGCAAAUUAUUAAAACAGACGCCGUCGAGGAAAGUCGUUCUUAGAACACCUGGCCAAUUUGAAUUUACACCUGGAAAUUUUGAAAUAGUCGUUUGCGUGUUUUUUGACCGAAGUCCGCUCUCUCUCUUUGAGACUUUAUUUUUGGGAGUCUCAACUAGUGACAUAUAUUAUUACAACAAGAGCUUUUUACAAAAAAAUGUAGUUAUUAAACACGGCAGAAUCGAUCUAUUGUCUAUUGAGUUAAUUGUAUUAUUGAGCAAAUGACAGACUUCACGCAAUAAUGAUUAAUGUUGUUUUUUAGCCUGCUAUUGUUCGAUACUUUUAAUAAAUAGUGUUUGUUACUUUGUUCAAAACCUAAAUACGUUUCCUUAAAUCUUACAGUUAUAUUUUGGAUAUAAAUAUAUAAAAUACAUUAACUAAUAGAGAGCAAGAUUUUACGUCUCUGUAGUCUAGUUACAUAAUUUAAAACGGCAAUGUACGAACAAGACAGCAAUAUACAAGCGGGACUAUGUUUUAAAUAUUAGAACACUUUAGGGAAAAAACGACCAUGAAUUAUUUUAGAUUAAAGUUUAGACCUUGGAAUCCUAGUGAAAGAUACAGGCGUAAAGUUGCGCGAGAAACUGUUUGUUGUUGUUAAUAACCUCUGGUAAUCUAAUUAACAAAACUUACUUUGAUUGGCUACUAUUUACCGGAUAUUCAAUUAUCUCAAAGGGGGCGUAUUGAAAAAAUAUCAAUAAAAGUCGCAGGCUCUAUAUAAUAGAACCUAUGAGCAGGCUAGAUUGGCCCUUAACUGACCCUUCCACCGUAGGCUACCAGUGCUCCAUGAUCCCUCGUGACUGCUAGAGGCGCCCUUAGAAGGCCUUUGACUCUAUAUCAGAUUAAGCUGCGUCCUUCGCAUUUCAGCUUAAGUAAGGUUGACAACUACUAAUCUUAAAAAAGUCUGAAGAAAUUUCAAAAUACACAAUGAAAUAAUAUGCAGUUUUCUCAGCCAAACCUACAAAAUUGCCCUUAACAGUUAACUCCGUACUACCUCCCCCUCAGACCAUGUGUUUUAGGUAAUGUCGAUUUGAGAGGAAUACGAAGUCAAUAUCAACAUUGCAACGGGGGGAGAGGGGGAAAUAACAUCAAAAUAAAGAAUAGGCUACGAAUAUUUUCCAGGAUUGCAGUACACAUUAGCACAUCGCCCACUUAGUGCCGCCGUCGAGUAAGCCGGCUACCAAACCAACCUCGUUCCCAGGUUCUUCCCUCUUUUGAAAGGAAGAGCCUGGGAACGAGGUUGCUACCAGUGAACUAUAUACAUGGAAGGCUGACUUCAGUCAUUGACGUAAUCAAAAAGUGAAGCCAAAGAUGGCGGAUUUUGAAGCCAUUCUUGAUUCUUGCGCGUCAUUCUCAAUGCCCUUUACGUGCGCGGCCAAACAAUUUUUGUAUUUUCAUGGCGGAAAGUGAUGGGUCCGCGACUCUCGGGUUGUGUUUUUCUUCAUUUUAGAAGAGUAAAAAAGGAAAUAAACUUUAUUUAUUUCAUGUAAACCUGAUUUCCUUCAUCUAAUCGAUCUGCUACUGCAUUUUCCCACUGUAUGUGUGAGUAAAUAUGUAUUUUUCGUUGCGAAUUCAACAACUAAUUUCAAACUUUUUUUUUUAAUAAAUCUGUAUUUUUAUAAAUUGGGAAUUUAUUUUUGCUUUGGUUGUUUCGCUUUCUUGAUAUGGUGCUUUUCAGUUUUCACACCAUUAUUUAGCUUAUUUUAGUCCGUUUUCCAGACCUAAAACUGCUUUUUAACUGCAGUUUUCGAGGCAGUUUUUAGCCAAUUUAAUUUCAUACAUGUAAGAAAAUUUUGUUUUUUUUAUUUUCUAUUUCAUAAAAUCACUUUGAUGAUUGCUUUAUAAACUUAAACUGUUUAUUUUAAUGAGUUAUUUAUGUGUGUGAAACCCUUGUCAAUAUUUUGAAAGAUUGAGUGACAUUUGUGUUUUGUUUUUCACUCUUUGUCAUUUACAAAAACAACAAUCCCACGCUAUUUUGCUUUCUUUCCACUCAAAUAUCGCAUCUUUUAAAUAAAUAAUAAUUAAAAUUCAGAACCGAACCCAAACAAAACACCAGAAUUCAACUUUUCAUUCAAAUUUCGUCUGUUUUUCACCAAAUUUUUGCUCGGAAAAUAAAAAAAUAUAUAAAAGUUUUGUUGACCGCGCACGUAAGGGGAUUGAGAAUGACGCGCAAGAAUGCCUUCAAUUUCCGCCAUGUUUGGCUUCACCUUUUGAGCUCGAGUCAGCCUUCCAUGUUAUAUAGUUCAAUGGUUGCUACCAAACUUACAGUAAAAAUUUAAACGAGUAAAUAUAUACCAUUGCACAGCGCAAUUGGGCACAAAAGUAAGCCAAUUAAACGAAAAAGUAAUAGACAUUACUGGAGGAACAUGCGACAUUUUAUUCGAUGAAGAAAUACGACAGAAAAACAAUGCUUAAAUUUGUCUUUUUUAUUCAGCUUAUCAGGAAGCCUCGUUCUUCCUACAGCACUACCUUAAGUAAGAGACUUUAGUAAAACUUAAGAAAUUAAGUAAAAUGUGUACAUGAAAUAAUGACAAUGCUGGGACCAAGGAACAAAGUACUGUUCACAAAACGAAAAUUGUUUGUGAUCUGAUAAACUAAUGUGAAGAGGAUAAAGCAUUUUGGUACAGAAAUAUCUGUGCAUGAUUAAUUUUCAACACAAUACCUUGGUUUACAAUUGUUUCUUUCAUUGUGUUACAGCUUAUGAAGACUCAUUCCUCCUGCAGGACUACAUUGAUAAAAUCUGCCUUUACCAAAAACCAUACAUGUUGUACACCAAGGACACGUUUGUCCUGGCAGGCACGUGUAGUUACGAUAACUGGGAUUACCGUUGGAUCUGGACCAACUUUGGACAACUCUUUAACUGGCAGACAUUGGAAUGUAUGGCAGAUGAUCUCUAUGCACGCAAUAAUUACAAAUAUUAUGUGACGAUGAAUAAAUGUGACAGAAAUAAUCAGAGACAAUUAUGGGAAUGUGUGGGUGAGAGGAUCAAGCAGACACAGUCAGGCAGAUACAUGUGCCACGGAGAACAUUCCGGAUAUGUGACAACAAGAAAAUAUUAUUGGGGUUAUCGAUCAAAAUGGACGCGCUUUGGUUCCAAAAAAGAUGUCUGUUCACAAGGUAGUCAGAUUCUGAAACUUUUCAUAAAACAAUGA